AUGGCGAUGAAAUACGUUGCUGCUUACUUAAUGAAUGUAUUGGCGGGUAAAGAAAACCCAGCAGCAGAAGAUAUACAAAAAACAAUAGAAUCUGUUGGUGGGGAUGUAGAGGGAGAUGUUGUUGCUGCUCUUCUCUCGGCUAUGCAGGGAAAAACACCCCACGAAGUGAUUGCUGCUGGCAUGGAGAAGCUGCAGAAGAUACCGACGGGCGGUGCUGCUGCUGCUGCUGCUGCUCCUGCUGCUGCUGCAGCAGCAGCAGCAGGUGGCGGUGGUGCAGCAGCAGCAAAAGAGCAGAAAAAAGAAGAACCAGAGGAGGAGGAGGAUGGUGAUAUGGGUCUGUCUUUGUUCGAUUAA